AUGAUGAGCGUCUUCUUCUUCUUCUUCUUCUUCAACUUAAGAUCUAUCAUUCGCGCUUCAAUCAAGUGUGGCCAAGAGAAGGAAGCUCAUCGCUUUCUCCCAUCUUGCUAUCUCCAUCAACAGUCCUGUCACAGAAGAGGCUGCAUCUUCUUCUGCUCCGUUGUGACUUUGAACUGCGUGAUGUCUUAUCACCCUCUCAUUCUUGUCAAUUGAUGCUUCUUCAUUCCUAUUCAUAUCUCAUGGUGAUUCAAUGUUAGAACACGGCAAUGUGAUUCUCGAUAUUUGAUUUCCAUUUGAUAGAUAGGUAUUU